UUCCACGAAGGCUGGGUCAGUCGUUUGUUUACUAGUUACCGCAGCUCAAACAUGUAAUUCCCGUGAGAGAUUGUUUUGCCGGAGAUAGUAGUUUUCGCGUCUCCAAAAACCCUUCGACCUUUGCCGGAGAUAGUAGUUCCUCACUCUCUUUAAUCCGAUUCAUCGAGCCGGAGAGCUCACCUUCCGCCGCGUAAAAUGGCGGCUCUAGAAAGCCCACUGCCGGGAACGCCGACUGCGAUGAGGAAUGCUUUCGGCAACGUUUUAUCAGUCCUGAUCCUCGUCCUCAUUGGUGUCCUCGCUUUCUCGAUCCGACUCUUCUCUGUGAGUUCACUGAUGUUUCUGCUUGGUUGAUUCAUUUCAGUGUUCUUCAAUUUGUUAGGCUUUAGAUCCGAUCGGACUAGUUUAGAUCCGACUAAUCUAGAUCCGAUCUCAUGAUUUGAGAUUGAUUGGUGUAACUUCGUUUCUCUCCUCACUGUCUCUGUGUUAAAGAAACAGAUUGUUGUUGUUACUUGUUAUUUAACGCUGCGUCGGAGAGAUAUUGUUCCUCGUCGUAGUGAUGGUUAUAAAGUAUGAAAGUGUGAUUCAUGAGUUUGAUCCUUACUUCAAUUAUAGAGUCACUCAGUUCUUAUCGAAGAAUGGAAUAUACGAGUUCUGGAAUUGGUUUGAUGAUAGGACCUGGUAUCCUCUUGGCCGUGUGAUUGGAGGAACUGUUUACCCUGGGUUAACUUUGACUGCUGGAACCAUCUGGUGGGGAUUAAAUUCAUUAAACAUUCCUCUGUCAGUAGAGACUGUCUGUGUCUUCACUGCACCUGUAUUUUCAGCUUUUGCAUCCUGGGCAACUUACCUUUUGACAAAGGAAGUUAAGGGCUCCGGUGCUGGACUUGCAGCUGCUGCUCUUUUGGCCAUGGUUCCCUCAUAUAUAUCCCGAUCUGUAGCUGGUAGCUAUGACAAUGAAGCUGUUGCCAUCUUUGCUUUGAUCUUCACUUUUUAUCUUUACAUAAAGACAUUAAAUACAGGUUCCUUAUUUUAUGCCACCCUGAAUGCUCUUGCAUACUUUUACAUGGUAUGUUCAUGGGGAGGUUACACCUUCAUUAUCAAUCUGAUACCAAUGCACGUGCUUUUGUGCAUUGUAACUGGGCGAUACUCUCCCCGACUGUACAUUGCCUAUGCUCCUUUGGUUGUGUUAGGCACGUUGUUAGCGGCAUUGGUGCCUGUUGUUGGUUUCAAUGCGGUUUUGACUUCUGAACAUUUUGCCUCGUUUUUGGUUUUUAUCAUCAUCCACGUUGUAGCUCUCGUAUACUACAUCAAAGGCAUUCUUUCUCCCAAAAUGUUCAAAGUUGCUGUGACACUUGUUGUGUCUAUCGGCAUGGUUGUGUGUUUCAUAGUUGUGGCAAUUCUUGUGGCAUUGGUGGCUUCAAGUCCAACAGGAGGAUGGAGUGGUAGGAGUUUAAGUUUACUUGAUCCAACUUAUGCAAGCAAGUAUAUUCCAAUUAUUGCAAGUGUCAGUGAACAUCAACCUCCAACUUGGCCAUCUUAUUUCAUGGAUAUCAAUGUUUUGGCUUUCUUGGUCCCUGCUGGCAUCAUUGCGUGCUUUUCGCCUCUAUCUGAUGCCAGCUCUUUUGUGGUCCUUUACAUUGUAAUGUCUGUAUACUUUUCUGGAGUUAUGGUUCGUCUUAUGCUCGUGCUUGCUCCAGCAGCAUGCAUCAUGUCUGGGAUUGCGCUCUCUCAAGCUUUUGAUGUUUUCACGGGUUCCAUCAAAUACCAGUUAGGCGCAUCGUCUAAUUCCACAGAUGAUGCAGAGGACAACACUUCCACGAACAAUGCCCCAAAAGAUGAUGUUUCUGCUGGUAAGACUGACAAGGGUGAAGAGAUUGUAAAAGAGCGGUCUUCCAAAAAGGGCAAGAAGAAAGAGAGAGAACCGGCUGAUAAACCUUCUGUUAAGGCCAAGAUUAAAAAGAAGGCUCUUGUUUUGCCUCUUGAAGCCUCUAUAGUUGCGCUUCUUCUCCUUAUAAUGUUGGGUGCUUUCUAUGUGAUCCAUUGUGUUUGGGCAGCUGCAGAAGCAUAUUCAGCUCCAUCAAUAGUUUUGACAUCUCAGUCACGUGAUGGCCUACACGUCUUUGAUGAUUUUAGAGAGUCUUAUGCAUGGUUAAGCCAUAAUACUGAUGUGGAUGAUAAAGUGGCAUCAUGGUGGGACUAUGGUUAUCAGACGACAGCUAUGGCUAAUAGAACUGUGAUUGUUGACAACAACACAUGGAAUAAUACUCACAUUGCAACUGUUGGCACUGCAAUGUCAUCUCCAGAAAAGGCGGCGUGGGAAAUUUUCAACUCCUUGGAUGUGAAAUAUGUUCUUGUCGUCUUUGGUGGUCUUAUUGGUUACCCUAGUGAUGACAUCAACAAGUUUCUGUGGAUGGUUCGUAUUGGAGGCGGCGUCUUUCCACAUAUAAAGGAAGCUGAUUAUCUGAGAGAUGGGCAAUACCGGAUUGAUUCUGAGGCCACUCCAACAAUGUUGAACAGCCUUAUGUACAAGCUCUCUUACUACAGGUUUGUAGAGACGGAUGGUAAAGGUUAUGAUCGGGUGAGGCGGACAGAGAUUGGGAAGAAGCAUUUUAAGCUUACACAUUUCGAAGAGGUUUUCACGAGUCACCAUUGGAUGGUUCGGCUAUACAAGCUGAAACCUCCCAGGAACAGGAUUCGUGGUAAAGCAAAGAAACUGAAAUCGAAAACAAGCUCUGGAUUGAGUUCAAAAUCAGCGAAGAAGAACCCGUGGGUCUAGAAAUCCUAGAAUUUUCAAUGUUGGAUGGUGAGCUAUAUGUCAACUCUUAGGUCUCUUUAUUAUCGAGAAAGUUGUUGCAGACGCAGUCAAGUUUCUGGUGUAGGAUUCGUAAAAAUUUUGUUAACUUUAUUCGAAUUUCAUGUUUAUUGCGGAGAUUUUCAAGUACGGUAGCUAAAGUAUCCAUAUUACAUCCACUCUGGGUCCCUCGCCCCUCCCUCUCUGUCGACUAACCUCUUUCCUAUGUUUCUCUUCGCCUCCACAAUAUCUCUCUCAUUUUUCGAAUCUAAAGUUUUCUUUUAUUGAUUUCACUUUUUUGUCGGGUGGAAGACGUCGUGUUUACAUGAACAUCCAAAGUAUAGAUAGACAGCGAGAUUUUAGUAAUCGAUGAGCUUAAAGUUGGGUAAGUAUUAUAUGCUUUGUGCAGGAAGGAUAGACAACUAGUAAUAUUUAGUAAGUAUAUGAAUGGAACUUCUUUUUAUUCUUACAAGCAUAUA